CCAUUGCACUCCAGCCUGGACAACAAGAGUGGAAACUUCAUUUCAAACAUAAAAAGAAAGAAAAGAAGCAGAGUUAGACUCAGUGGGAAAAUAGGCGCACUACCACCUCAGGAGGGUUCCAGGGAAGAACCCCACCCCCACUCCAACCAGGUCACAAUGGCUGGAGCUCUGAGGGGCCCAGGCUCCCUGAGCCAGGAGGAGAGAGGAGAAAGUCCAAGGAAAGAUGGCUGGCAGUCACCCCUACUUCAACCUGCCCGACUUCACGCAGCCAUCGCCGCCCUCCACUCCACCCAGCCUCCCCUCGCACCAGCGCUGCCAGCCCUCUGAUGCCACCAAGGGUCUGCUGGUGGCCCUGUUGGGUGGGGGCCUGCCUGCUGGCUUCGUGGGCCCCCUUUCUCGUAUGGCUUACCAGGCUUCCAACCUGCCCUCGCUGGAGCUGCUCGUCUGUCGGUGUCUCUUUCACCUCCCUAUUGCCCUGCUACUUAAACUGCGUGGCGACCCACUUCUGGGACCUCCUGACAUCCGAGGCCGGGCCUGCCUCCAUGCCCUGCUCAACGUCCUCAGCAUUGGAUGUGCCUACAGUGCGGUUCAGGUGGUGCCCGCUGGCAACGCUGCCACUGUUCGCAAAGGUUCUUCCACCGUCUGCUCCGCCCUCCUCGCCCUCUGCCUUGAGAGCCAGGGUCUCAGUGGCUACGACUGGUGUGGACUGUUGGGCAGCAUUCUAGGACUAAUCAUCAUUGUGGGACCUGGACUAGGGACACUGCAGGAGGGGACCACGGGUCUCUACACUGCCCUGGGUUAUGUGCUCGCUUUCCUGGGAGGCCUGACGCUGUCCCUGGGGCUUCUGGUCUAUCGUUCUCUGCACUUUCCCUCCUGCCUCCCAACAGUGGCCUUCCUAUUUGGCUUGGUGGGGCUGCUGGGCUCUGUGCCAGGCCUCUUUGUGCUGCAGACCCCCGUGCUGCCCAGUGACCUUCUGAGCUGGAGUUGUGUGGGGGCAGUGGGGAUCCUCGCCUUGGUCUCCUUCACAUGUGUGAGCUAUGCGGUCACCAAGGCCCACCCUGCCCUGGUGUGCGCUGUCCUGCAUUCUGAGGUGGUGGUGGCCCUUAUACUGCAGUAUUAUAUGCUCUAUGAGACUGUGGCACCUUCUGACAUCAUGGGGGCAGGGGUUGUGCUGGGCAGCAUUGCCAUCAUCACAGCCCGGAACCUCAGCUGUGAGAGGGAAGGGAAGGUGGAGGAGUGAGAUAGAACUUGGGAGCCCGGGGGUUGGGAGGGGCAGGGGUAAAUAGAGGCAAAGACUGAAGACGAACAUGGGAGGACAAGUGACUGGAAAAGAACUGGUGUGGGAGAGGGUACCUCUCAGAGUCAAGGGUGACUUGGGGACUUGGUGGAGAGUGACUACCUGGAAGACCUGGAGCCAGCCUGGGACCAAGAGAUGCGGAGUCCAGGCUGGGUCCUGGGAAUCAGGGCAUAACUAAGGGGUAAAGUCUGAGGAGCAGAUCCACGGCAGGCAGGCUGUGGGCCACGGGGAGGACUUCACUCAGCAGCAAAGAGAAGAGCAUUGGGGCUGGAGUGUUCCGGCAAAGACAGAGCCAGCAGCUGCGCUGGGGGAGGGGAGCGUGCCUCCCCACCCCUCCCCUCACGGCGAAGGUUUCCUUUUCUCGUGCUUGUGCCCCCCCCUUGGGGUGGUGACGUGACAUUGACAUCAAACAAGGAUUACUCUGAAUGUG